AUGGCCGCAGAUGCCCCAUCGCCUUUCUUGGCAUUGCCGCGCGAGUUGAGGGACGAGAUCCUUGGCUACCUGACCCUGCCACACUAUAUCUAUACAUCGACUUCUACACCGGACACGCGGAACCUCUAUCAAUCGCGUCGGGCCUCGGGAAGCGCCGAAUUCGCCGAAACAGCGGAGCAUGCCUGUGACGAUGGCACCCUACGAAUCACGCUAGAAGUCCAGAGGUCCCUUCGCGGAGUCCACGGCUACUACGUCCCCGUACGCGAAGAACUGUCACCCCGCUUUCUUGCAUUACUGCCGCUCAUGGAAAAGGCAAGGAAGCUCAAGCUCACAAUCUGGCCUGGGUUCGACUGGUGGAACGGUGGCCCACAGUCCUUCGACAAGCGUGGGAAUCCCCUCUUCAACCGCGGUGAGACAUCCAAGCCAAACGCUGCCUCCGUUGCAAUCGGGAAAAUUCUUCAUUGCUUCCCUCAAUUAGAGGAGCUUGAUGUGGAUGUGCUCGUGGAUGCAUUUGAAGCGGGUAGAUGGGAUCUGCCGGACCGAAAGUGGGAGAAUAUCCAACCCUGGUUAGAUGCUGCAAUCACGUCCAAUGUGGGAGAAUCCCUUCGGGAGAUCACAAGGAAGCUCAUAGCCUUCUGGAAAAUUACGGAGCCUGAGCCUUUCUACACGCAGUACGAAACCCGUCAGUCGACAAACACAUGGGAUGUCAACAGAAAAGGCGAUAUGUGCACAGUUUCAAUGAAGUCCCUCAUCGACAUCAGUGAUGAUGAAGAAUUCUUGAAAUCACUAGUCGUCAAAGGGUCUUUCGUACGCACGGAUUAGAUAGCAACAAUUCGACAUCACUUGAGAAUCGCAUGAGCACCGGAAAAUUAUUGUCUUACCAUGCCUAGCGUCACUGAUCUUAUAUUGUAUUCAAUCAAGCAACGGCGCAAUCUUCGGUGGCGUCGAAUGACUUGUGGGGAAA